AUGUCGGAAUUAUCAAGGUUCUACUUCUCCAUCCCCCCAAUAACAAGAAUAUUCGUCACUUUCCCCUUGGCAGUUCUAAUUCUUGAUGGUGCCAACCUCCUAACCCAAGAAGACUACUUAUUCUGGGAUUACUCGCAGGUGUCCCAGAAAUUACAACUUUGGAGACCAAUAACCGCGUGCUUAACUCCAAUAUAUGGCUAUGGUCAAAAACUCAACUGCCUUUUCUUGAUAAAAUCUUUUUACUCAAAUGGUCGCCAGGUCGAAACUCUGAAGUUUGGUAAUGAUGCUGCCAAUUUCCUCUGGUACCUCAUGAUCACCGUGGGGGUCAUCCUUGGGGCUUCCCCAUUCACCAAAGCCUUCUCUUUCUAUUCUCCUUUAGUCAGUGCUCUUUGUUUCACAUUGUCACAAAUGGAUCCCGAUUCAACGAAGGCUUUUUACUCUUUAGUCCAGUACAAGGCUAAGUAUGAACCGCUCAUUCUUUUGGGGCUCACUCUCAUCCUUAGGGGAAGUUAUGACUUUUUCUAUGAUCUUUCCGGGGUUCUUGCCGGCUAUAUCUACUUGUGUUUACAAAACCAUGAUUAUGGUCCACUCUAUGACACUUUUAAAACAUAUUUCCAAAGGCAAGUGCGUCAACCGGAAGGAAGACUACCACACACUAAAAGAGACACUGGGUUCAUCCCUGCUCCUCAAUGGUUACGUGCUGCGAUUCAAGGAGUACAAGCUGUGAUCUCUGGAGUGUAUGCUACAAAUACACAGGUGGCUGGACGUUCAAAAGUUGAUAAUAAGGGGCAGUCCUCUGGGUACAACGGCCGUCAAUUCUUUGGUAAUUCCAAAGCAUUCCCUGGUAAGGGAAACAGACUUGGAAGUGCUUAG